AUGGAACCCGUGGCCAGUAACAUCCAGGUCCUGCUGCAGGCGGCCGAGUUCCUGGAGCGCCGUGAAAGAGAGGCCGAGCAUGGUUAUGCGUCCCUGUGCCCGCACCGCAGUCCAGGCCCUCUCCACAGGAGGAAGAAGCAGCCCCCCCAAGCUGCUGGCGCGCUGGACAGUGAGCGGUCUGUGCAUAAUGAGCUGGAGAAGCGCAGGAGGGCCCAGCUGAAGUGGUGCCUGGAGCGACUCAAGCAGCAGAUGCCCCUGGGGGCUGACUGUGCCCGAUACACCACACUGAGCCUGCUGCGCCGUGCCCGGACACACAUCCAGAAGCUGGAGGAGCAGGAGCAGCGGGCGCGGCAGCUCAAGGAGAAGCUGCGCAGCAAGCAGCAGAGCCUGCAGCGGCAGCUGGAGCAGCUCCGGGGGCUGACGGGGGCGGGCGAGCGCGAGCGGCUGCGGGCAGACAGCCUGGACUCCUCGGGCCUCUCCUCCGAGCGCUCCGACUCGGACCAAGAGGAGCUGGAGGUGGACGUAGAGAGCCUGGUGUUUGGGGGCGAGGCCGAGCUGCUGCGGGGCUUCAGCGCGGGCCGAGAGCACAGCUACUCGCACAGCGCAGGCGCGUGGCUCUGACGCGCCGCCCAGGGCGGGCCUCUGCGCUGACCACCUCCGCUCGCGCGGGGCAGAUCCUGCCAGGCAGGAGCCCUCGCCAAGCCUCCAGGGCUGCUCGGAGUCACCUGUUGGAAUGGACAAGGACCCUCGCGUGGGAACAGGUGCUUCCCCAUACCGUGCUGCUGGCUGCCAGGCAGGCCCUCCUGGGGGAAAGA